AUUACUACGUUACUAACUGCACUAAGAUGAUCCUGUUUGGUGUCUUUUAUUUUGAAAAUAAUUUUUUUGAGCUUCUGUCAAACUUAAAAAAUAUCGCGCGGCCAGUGCUGAGCAGCACGGACCUGUAGGAAGGGUUAGGAUUACCGUUAGGGUUAAUACACCAAAUGGUCCCUGAGUGUCUGCAGCUCACUGCUCCCCCAGGGACGUGUGCAAGAUUUUUGAGGGGUAGGGGUUCAAAGUUGGAAAAGGGAAAAAAAAAAAAAAAAAAAAAAAAAAAACUCACAUUCAGUAUUUUUUCGUCCUUUAAACAAUAUGGAAAUUAAGUAAAGUAAUAAUUAAAAAAAAAGUUCUAGCAGAUGACUACUCAGCCAUGAAACCUUUGUAGGUAAAUGUCAUUUCUAUGUGAACUAAUUAUUGUCAACAUCUGCCAUUUUACAGUCAGUUAAAGCAAAAUAAAAUACAGUCUCUUAUUAAAAAAAUGAUUAGUAACAAAUGCAGAACAAACGCAAACUCAAACGCCGUCUCUGUGGAGACACUGCUGCUGUUUUCAGUCACAUCUGAACACAAAAUAAAGUAGUCAAAAUUAAAAACAUGUCAUACAAUUCUGCACAAUAAACAUUUUUUAUACAAAUAAAGGAUUGGAUUUAAGCAUUAUAUAGUUGGGGUUGCUAAGCUUUUUGGUCAAACCUUGCAGUUGCUAUAGCAAACUCUAGCUACACCCUGAAACCUUCUUCUUUUAUGUGUCACUGACAAAAAUUAAUAUUGAAAAAAAAAACCUGCACUUUUUAAUACCAGGGAAAGGGGGCACGUGCACCCCUAGGACGCUAUGUGUGCGCGUGCCUCUUGGUCCCCCAGGGAAGAGAACUGCAGGGAGACACUGUCUCAGGUUUUAGGCUUUGAGGUCGAUUCCAUCAACUCUGUGCAGUUCUCCAAUCACACAGGUUACUCUCACUGGAAAGGCCAGGUAUUGACAGCAGAUGAGCUCCAUGUUCUCUAUGAGGGAAUCAAACUCAACAAUGUUCAUCACUAUGACUACGUUCUGACAGGAUACACCAGAGACACAUCCUUUCUGGAAAUGGUCGUGGACAUUGUUCAGGAACUGAAGAGAGCUAACCCUAACCUGGUUUAUGUGUGUGACCCCGUCCUCGGUGAUCAUGGAUCUAUGUACGUUCCUCAGAACCUUUAUCCGGUCUACAAGAAUAAAGUGGUUCCUGUCGCAGACAUCAUCACCCCUAACCAGUUUGAAGCUGAGUUGUUGACGGGGAAGAACAUCAGCACACAGAAAGAUGCUGUGGAGGUGAUGGAUCUCCUCCAUGCCAUGGGUCCAGACACUGUGGUCAUCACCUCCUCUGACCUCCCCCCCAGACUGGGAGAUCGUUUCCUGGUGUCUCUGGGCAGCCAGCGUCACGUUCGUCCCGAUGGCAGUAGGACCACACAGAGAGUUCGGAUAGAAGUUCCCAAAGUGGACGCCGUCUUUGUGGGAACCGGAGAUUUGUUUGCUGCUAUGCUGCUGGCGUGGACACAUCACUACCCCAACGACCUGAAGACGGCUUGUGAGAAGACUUUCUCUGUGAUGCACCACGUCAUCCAAAGGACCAUAUCAUACGCUCAUGACUUGGCAGGUCCUGGUCGAAGGCCCAGUCCGCCUCAGCUGGAGCUGAGGAUGGUUCAGAGUAAAGCCGACAUAGAAGACCCCGCUAUAGUCACGGAGGCCACAGUUAUAUCCUAACGUUACCCACCUGCCCCACCCCUCACCACUGUAAAACUGCCAUCAUAUGACGUGAACCACUCCUCAUUCAGAGUAUAGUAACCCCCCCAUCCUAACUCUUUAGUCUUGUUAGUCCUCAGUGUCUUGAACUACACCCUGCUCCAUGACUUCCUGUUGGGUUCAUUUGACGUGGAUUCUGAGCCGCGGACAGUUGGGUCUGCUUGAACUCAGACCACCGGAUGGAAAUACGUAUGGAUCUGUUGUAGCAUUUAAUUAACCUCUCCCCACAGACGAUGUGGAAAGAUGAUCCAGAUUCAGGAUCCUUCCACAUUUCAGUGUCUUAGUCCUCAAUCUGACCUGGAUGAGCUCAUAUUUGAAAAACACAGCUUACAUGUCGACUGACAAGUGAACAUAUUGUAAGAAAAUGGUGUUUACUAUUUUUAUUUAUGAAAAAAAUAAUUGACAGUUACAAUAGGAAGAGGCUCAAGAGAAUUCACAGUUUUUUAUUUGUAAUAUUAGCUUAUCCUUCCGUCUUCAGCAGUAGUUAAACUCUGUUUACCUUCAGCUCUCCCACCAUCCUGACCCCCCAGUUUUACAACAUUUCUUUAAUGGUGACCAAGUCUAACCCUCUGACUCCCCAUGAAAAGAUUACAAUGAAAAAAGAAAAAAAACGCACAAUGUAUAGUUGAUGUAUAGAUGUUGUACUAUAGGUGUAUUGGACCGUCUGUAUCAUAUCUUCUCUUCGACGUGUCUGUUAGACCAUAAUGUUGCUGCUGUCCUGUAGGCCACACGGGGGGGCUGAUGACGGCACAUCAGUGGCUGACAUCCUCUUCACUUGUUAGUAGGGAUGCAUGACGAUAUCAGCCCAAUAUCUGUAUCGAUAGAUGAGGACGUGUCUGCACCAGCUGGUACCAGCAGAACUCUCUCAUAACGUUCUGGUCCUGAAUGCAUCACUGCACUUAAGACAAACUUCAGAUGGGGGGGUUGAAGUCUCAGAGAUGGACAACAAAUUGUCUGUUUGUGAAUCAGCAGUAGAUGGAGGCAACUCCAUUUGUUCAGUCUUAGAAGUUCAUGAAGGAGAAACCUGCUGUUACAUCUUCAUACAAAGCCUACGUUUCUGAAGUCUUAACAUUUGGAGAUGCAUGUUAGAAGGUCUUGGAACAAUGACUGACAAAAAGGAGCACAGGGAACUCCUGACCCAGUAUGUCUGACAGCUGCAUAUGGCGCCAACCAUGAACAUAUAUCAAAGUCCAUGUACGGAAGGAACGUUCCUGCUCCUCUGCUCGUGAAACCUCCUAAUUAUACCUCUAAUUAUAAAUUAUACAGAUAAACUUUGAUGUUCCCAUUUUAAAAAAAGAUCAAAAAUGAAGCAAACACAUAAUGAACGUUUAAAUCCAUUUUCUAAGAGUUCAUGUGUUUCCUUCAUUUUUGGUUUUUGAAAAAUGGGAAAAUAAAAAAUGAUUCUUUUUAAUGCCGUAGUUUAGAAACUGAUAAAUCAAUAAAGCAUCCCUUUUCCUCUCAUUUUUAAUUUUAAUUGAAAAACAAAUGAUACCAUGAUAUUUCUGUUUUUUUUUCCUUCAACGUUGAGUUUCCCACGGGCGUGCAGGAGAAGCUCCACGAGGGGCGUUACUAGUUUUAGGAGCGUAAGAAUACUUUCACAGGGGAGCGGUGGAGGUCACAGGAGCGUAAGAAUACUCCCACGAGUGCAGAGAAGAGGAGCAGGUGUAGAUACCGUCUUGCACCUGUGGAACGCUCCUUGCAUGUGUGGAGGUUCAUUGCGUCGUGGAGUUUGAUAUACGCUCGUGGGGGACUUAUGGUGGAACAUUAACAGCAUAGCUGCAGCUGUAAGUUUAGUGAACGUAGCACUCUGCUGUUCCCACUCAAACAAUUCUGAAAUGCCUGGAACCGCCUCUAAAUGACAGUAACAGGUCUGUAGAGGCACAAGCCAAAGCCCUGAAGUCUGUUUCCCUGCAGAGGCUAGUUCAGGUCAGCAUUUAGCUGAAGCUAAACUCACAGAACUCCACAUCUGUUGUUUGGACAGAUUUCUUUAAGGAAAAGUCCUGGUCUGUGAAUACCGAUGUGAUAGAACAGCAUCUGACUUUGGCUCUGUGGAAACGAUCCCAGCUUUUCUAAAGAGGCUGGUAUGUAACGUUCUGCCCACUAGAGGGCGCUUCACUGAAACAUUACCUCAAUAUGAUGAAGUUUUUCAGAAAAAUGAAAGAUUUAGAUGUACUGAUGGAGUCCUCCUCCUAGGGUGAUGGAGGGAAUCCUCACAGGGUUUGCUAUGAUGAAGAUUCCCACAUUACAGCUGGAUUCAAACCAGUUUGAAACAAAUGUAAUGGAUAAAUUCAGCUUCUUCUAUGUUUAUCCUGGAUCUUAAUAUGCUGGAUUUGAGCUUUCAGACUUACAUUUAUAAUCCUUUAUUUCUUUAAAAGGAUCACUUAUUAUGUUUUUAAAUUAAAGUAUUUAAUUUUUUUAUUAAA